UUUACAAAAAAAUAAAAAAAAAUUUAGUUCGUAUGAAGGAUGAUUGAAGUGGUAGUAGCAGUGAAAAAACAAAACAAAACAAAGCAAUCCUUCCCCCACCCCAUUUUGAUCUCCUCCAUUGCUUAAGAUUCUUCUUCUUCUUCUUCUUCACCUAAAGAGAGAAGUCACAUGUUCCUUCUUCUCCUUCUUCGUCCCUUAUACCUAAUAACCAAACCCUAGAUCCCAAGAUCGGAAGAGUUACUCAACCAUGAAGAGAGAUCUUCAUCAAUACCAAGGUCCCAACGCCACUCACGGGACUUGUUCUUCAUCCUCACCUCUACCACCUCUGUCUAAAGACAAGAUGAUGAUGGUCAAGGAAGAAGAAGACGGUAAUAACAUGGACGAGCUCCUCGCUGUCUUAGGUUACAAGGUUAGGUCAUCGGAGAUGGCUGAGGUCGCUUUGAAACUCGAGCAGUUAGAGACGAUGAUGGGGAAUGUUCAAGAAGAUGGCUUAUCUCAUCUCGCCACGGACACGGUUCAUUACAAUCCAUCGGAGCUUUACUCUUGGCUUGAUAAUAUGCUUACGGAGCUUAAUCCUCCUCCUCCUCCUCCUCCUCCUUCUUCUUUAGAUCCGAUUCUGAUUGAUAACAACUCCUUCCUCUGCACCGCCGGAGAUUCUUCUACUAUUACCUCCAUCGGCGGCGGCUUUCCGGCUUCUGAUUAUGACCUCAAAGUGAUUCCUGGAAACGCGAUUUAUCAGCAGAGAUCUCAAUUCGCGAUUGAUUCUUCUUCUUCUUCGAGUAAUCAGAACAAGCGUUUGAAGUCAUGCUCCAGCCCUGAUUCGAUGGUUACGUCCACCUCCACCACGGCUAUGCAGAUUGGUGGAGUCAUAGGCACGACGGUGACAACCACGACUACGACGGCGGCGGCGGCGGCUGAGUCAACUCGUUCUGUUAUCCUGGUUGACUCGCAGGAGAACGGUGUUCGUCUUGUCCACGCGCUCAUGGCUUGUGCUGAAGCUGUGCAGCAGAACAAUCUCACUCUAGCGGAGGCUCUGGUGAAGCAAAUCGGAUGCUUAGCUGUCUCUCAAUCUGGAGCCAUGAGGAAAGUCGCGACUUAUUUCGCCGAAGCUCUCGCACGGCGGAUCUACCGUCUCUCUCCGCCGCAGAAUCAAAUCGACCAUUCUCUUUCCGAUACUCUUCAGAUGCACUUCUACGAGACUUGUCCUUAUCUCAAAUUCGCUCACUUUACGGCGAAUCAAGCUAUCCUUGAAGCCUUCCAAGGUAAGAAGAGGGUUCACGUCAUCGAUUUCUCCAUGAACCAAGGUCUUCAGUGGCCUGCGCUUAUGCAAGCUCUUGCUCUCCGAGAAGGAGGUCCUCCUGUUUUCCGGUUAACCGGGAUCGGUCCUCCGGCGCCGGAUAAUUCCGAUCAUCUCCACGAAGUUGGAUGUAAAUUAGCUCAGCUUGCGGAGGCCAUUCACGUCGAGUUCGAAUACCGUGGAUUCGUCGCUAACAGCUUAGCCGAUCUUGAUGCGUCGAUGCUUGAACUUAGACCGAGUGAAGUUGAAUCUGUUGCGGUGAACUCUGUUUUCGAGCUCCAUAAGCUCCUAGGUCGUCCCGGCGGGAUAGAGAAAGUCCUCGGCGUUGUGAAGCAGAUUAAACCGGUGAUUUUCACGGUGGUUGAGCAAGAAUCGAACCACAACGGACCGGUUUUCUUAGACCGGUUUACUGAAUCGCUGCAUUACUAUUCGACUCUGUUUGAUUCCUUGGAAGGAGUUCCGAGCAGCCAAGACAAAGUGAUGUCUGAAGUGUACUUGGGGAAACAGAUUUGCAACCUCGUGGCUUGUGAAGGUCCUGACCGCGUGGAGCGACACGAAACGCUGAGUCAAUGGGGAAACCGGUUCGGUUCGUCCGGUUUUGCGCCGGCACAUCUUGGGUCUAACGCGUUCAAGCAGGCCAGUAUGCUUCUGUCUGUGUUCAAUAGUGGCCAAGGUUAUCGUGUGGAGGAGAACAAUGGAUGUUUGAUGUUGGGAUGGCAUACUCGGCCGCUCAUUACCACCUCAGCUUGGAAACCCUCGGCGGCGCACUGAGUCAACUCCGAUGCCUUAGGUGGUGCUAUGGGGAACAACAGAUUCGGUCAUCUGAGCUGCCUCUCGAAGCCGAUGGUAUCGGCGCUAUGGGGUGAGAGGUAGACUCGGUCAUUUGAGACCGAAUCAGUGGACCGGUGAUGACAUAUGUUCGGACCAGACUAAACAAAACCGAACUGAAUCGAACCGUGUUUUGCCUGCUGUUUAUUUUAUUUAUUUUCCACUGUUUAAAAUUUUUAAAAUAUGAAAAAAAUAUCAUCGUUUUGGUAGGUCAUUUUUAAUUUAUGCCUGUUUUGGGAUCAAUUUUAAAUAGGCUGAGUAUGAUGUAUUUAAUUAAUAAAUAAUAUUUAUGAAA